AUGGCAUUUCUCAACUCAAUGGCUCCCAGCCUUAUUGUGGGAACAUUGAUAUGCGCACUCGCCUAUAGAUUCAUUGCCCAGCAGCGAGAACUACGAGCAAACAACAAAGUUGCUGCCGCAAAUGGAUGCUUACCACCAAGACAAUGGAACUCUACUUGGCUGGGCUUGGAUCUACUUGUUCAAGCAUUUCACUAUGACCGUAGGCAGCAAAUUCUCAAAUUCUUUCUCGGUGUCGUUACUGAGUCUGGCACAACGUUCGAGCAAAAUCUCCUUUUCUCCCGAGGAGUCGACACUAUCGACCCUCAGAACAUACAAGCCCUUCUGUCGACUCAAUAUGCUGAUUUUGGACUCGGACUGCGACCCCCAACUUUCUGCCCCUUGUUGGGGAGUGGAAUCUUCACUCAGGAUGGUGCACAGUGGCGGCACUCACGCGAGCGGCUACGCCCACAGUUCAUGACGAACAGGUUCACCAACUUUGAGCAAAUACGCAGCGCCGUAGACAAUCUCAUAUCCAGCAUUUCUGAUGACAACGCCGUCGAUCUACAGCCGCUUUUCUUUCGCCUCACGUUCGAGACUACCCUCUUUCUACUGUUUGGGCAACACCUGCCGUCUCUCCAAUUAGAGGGCAUCAGAAACCAGGAAUCGGACUUCGCGAACGCUUUCAAUCUUGGACAGGAGUACUUGGCCAAACGCGGACGAUUGGGCGACUUCUACUGGCUUCUAGAUGGAAGGGAUUUUCGAGAAGCAUGUAAGACUUGCCAUGAAUUUGUGGACCGUGCUGUACAGAAGGCCUUGGACUCGACUACAAGAAAGACUCCGGGCACCAAGACAGAUCCGUACAUCUUCAUUGAUGCCUUGAUGGAGGAAACCCGGAACCCGGAAGUGCUUCGGGAUCAGUGCCUGAAUAUCCUGUUAGCUGGGAGGGACACUACGGCUUGUUGCCUCACUUGGACUCUACGUCUACUUGUCCAGCAUCCUCCCGUCCUUUCCAAGUUGCGGGCCGAAAUCAGUGAUACAGUCGGGAUUGGACCUAGGUCGCCGGCACCUACUAUAAUCCAAUUCAAGUCACUUCCGUAUCUCUCCCUCGUCAUCAAAGAAGUCCUCCGCCUUUACCCCUCCGUCCCUGUAAACUCGCGCGCCGCCACCAAAACCACAACCCUCCCCACAGGCGGCGGACCAACAGGCACGGCACCGAUCCUCGUCCGAAAAGGCGAGGCCGUAGGAUACUGCGUCUACGCGAUGCACCGGCGUAGAGAUAUCUAUGGCGCCGACGCAGAUAAAUUUCGACCCGAGCGCUGGGAGAACGAUGCGUUGAAGGAUGUAGGCUGGGGGUAUUUGCCAUUCAACGGGGGACCAAGGGUUUGUCUGGGACGCGAAUUUGCCUUGUUAGAGGUCGGGUACACCAUUAUGCGGUUGCUGCAGACAUUCGAGGUUAUUGAGCAGGUGGAGGGAUGUGGGAUGCAGAAAGGAGUCGGCGACGAGAGGCAGGUUCUUACGUUGGUUGUUUCUUGUGGGGAAGGGUGUGUGGUUCGAAUGCGAAGAUAUGGAGAGGUGUAG